CUCAUUCACGACAACACGUGUUCCCGAACUCAAUGGCAAAGCAGUUAUGACUUCAUUGUUGUCGGCGCCGGUACUGCCGGUGCGGUUGUGGCCAACAAACUCAGUGCCGGUCACACCGUAAGGGUGUUGCUGUUGGAGGCGGGAGGGCCUCAAAGUGCUGUUUAUAAUGAUAUCCCGGGAAUGGGAUCACUUGGAAAUAACCUCAAUGUAAAUGAAUGGAUUUAUUUUAAUGAACCUAAAAAGAAUUUUGGUAAUAAGUACGCCGGGGGUCGAGUGCCCGACGAUAAGGGUAAAACACUGGGCGGUUGUUCAGCGCAUAACGGUAUGGAUUUAAAUCGGGGUAAUCGUCGCGGUUAUGACGAGUGGGCCAAUACGUACGGCGCCGUUGGUUGGAGUUAUAGGGAUGUGUUGCCGGUGUUCAGGGAGUGGGAGAACAAUACGGAUCCCGUUAUUGUUGCCAAUAAUCCCGGAUAUCACGGAACUCGUGGACCCAUUCAAAUAUCUUCUUCCAAACCAUACAAUAAAUUACUUCUUUAUAUUAGGGAUGCGUUAAAUGAGUUGGGAUUUAUGAACACAGAUAUCAAUGGCCCAAAACAAUUGGGAUUAAUGUUAAUGCAAUCAUUUAUUACCUCAAGUCGUUUCAGAUCGGAUACGGGUAAUGCAUUUGUAGACCCAAACCCAUAUCCAGAUAACUUGCAUAUAGUGUGCAAAGCAUUGGUCACUAAAAUACUGUUCAAUGGGUUGACAGUCAUUGGCGUCGAGUUUAUAGUGAAUGACAUCUCGUAUACGGUUUACGCCAACAGAGAAGUCAUUGUCUCCGGCGGGCCCAUUAAUAGUCCGCAGUUACUAAUGUUAUCGGGUUUGGGGCACAAACAACAUUUGAAAAAGUUCAGUAUUCCACUUGUAUUGGAUCUGCCCGUUGGUGACAAUUUCCAGAAUAUGCCGGCCGUUAGUAUUGGUUGUCCAUUAAAAUCCAAUUACAAUAACCUAUCGCCUGAUCCACAAUUAAAUGUUGAGCAAUUAAAUGAACUUUAUUACAAACAAUCGGGCAUGCUGGCUGAGAAAGAAGCAUUAUUCAUGUACAAUACGACAAGCCGUAAUAAAAUUAAUUUUAUGGUAGAACUCGUGAGAUUAAAAAGCGUGGGCACUAUUAGGCUUCAAUCAACCAGUCCGCACAUACCACCAAUUAUAGACCCAAAUUGUUUGUCCGACCAUGGUGAUGCUCAGGCACUUUUGGAUGCCACGUUAUUUGCAUUUUACCUACUCGAGCGCUCGUCUAUAGCUCAAUAUGUAGAUAUAGCCGACUUAUUCGCACCCAUAGGCUGUCCGGUGUGUCCGGGAAAGUAUGCCUACGAAUGUGUUGAAGGAAUUCAGUGUUAUAUCAAUUAUAAUACAUAUACUGAAUCUCACCCUGGUGGUAGUUGUCGUAUGGGAGCGAUAGAGAGGCCGGACGUUGUGGUCGACCCCCAGUUGAGGGUUAAGGGGGCCAACAAUCUAAGGGUUUGCGAUUCAUCGGUGUUCCCACUGAUUCCCAACGCCAACACCGCCGCGGCUUCGAUAGUGGUUCUGUAUAAAUACGUAGACAGUCUGCCCCUGAUAUAUCGACAAUACUUAUGCAAAAGAUCAAUGAACUUCAUGAUAUAUCGAACUUAUGCCCAACGACAGCUCAUUCACGACAACACUUGUGCCCGAACUCAAUGGCACUCAUCGUAUGAUUUCAUUGUUGUCGGCGCCGGAACUGCCGGUGCGGUUGUGGCCAACAAACUCAGCGCCGGUCACACCGUAAGGGUGUUGUUGUUGGAGGCGGGAGGGCCUCAAAGUGCCAUAUAUAAUGAAAUGCCGGGAAUGUAUCAGGGCCAAUUUGAUAACAAUAUUAACGAGUGGAAUUAUAACAAUGUACCCAGGCCUAAUUAUGGCGGACAAUACGCCGGUAAUGGAUUGCCCGAACAUACGGGUAAAACUCUGGGAGGAAGUUCCGCCCAUAACGGUAUGGGUUUUAAUCGGGGUAAUCGUCGUGGGUAUGACGAGUGGGCCAAUGCGUACGGCGCCGUCGGUUGGAGUUAUAGGGAUGUGUUGCCGGUGUUCAGGGAGUGGGAGAACAAUACAAACACUAGUGUUGUGCAAACAAAUCCCGGAUAUCACGGGACUAGCGGUCCUAUUCAAAUAUCAUCAGCAAAAAAUGUACCAAAUAUUAUAAACGUAUUAAAUAUGGCGGCAAAUGAAUUGGGAUUUAAGGAGACUGAUAUUAAUGGCCCGAAUCAGCUCGGAUUUAAUAUCGACCAAUUUUUUAUUGCCUCGUCUGGUCUAAGGGAGAGCACCGGUACUGUGUUUGUAGACCCGAACCCAUAUCCAGAUAACCUGCAUAUAGUGUGCAAAGCAUUGGUCACUAAAAUACUGUUCAAUGGGUUGACAGCCAUUGGCGUCGAGUUUAGAGUGAAUGACAUCUCGUAUACGGUUUACGCCAACAGAGAAGUCAUUGUUUCCGCCGGUGCCAUACGUAGCCCACACUUAUUAAUGCUGUCAGGCGUGGGUCCGGCACAGCACUUAAAUACCCUAAAAAUACCGGUUGUGUUAGACUUACCGGUGGGACAACACUACCAAAAUCAUAUGGCUGUUAAGCAAAACCCAAAACUAAAGCCACAAUAUUUGCAUUUACUAAACAAAUCGCCACAAAUUAGCGUCGACCAAAUGAGCCAGCUGUAUUACGAACACCAAGGUCCAUUAUCAUCGCUAAUUAGUCGAGUACUCUAUUACAACACGCGUGCGAAUCGAGACAAUGAAUGGCCAAAUGUGAUGAUACAGUCGGGACAGGGAGGCAACGAUUCAAUAUCUAUGAAUUUAUAUUUAGUUAGAUAUAAAAGUUACGGUACUAUACGUUUACAGUCGGCCGACCCCUUAUUGCCCCCAUUGCUCGACCCUAACUGGUUAUCGCAUCCGAUGGAUAACGUAAACAUUUUGGAUGCUGUUAUUACCAUGUUUUACAUGCUUGAGCGCACACAACUGGCCAAUUAUAUACAGCGAUUGCCGCCGUUUUCAUCCAUCGGGUGUCCCGACUGUCCGGACAAACAGUAUUUGUAUGAAUGUGUGGACGGAUUGAAGUGUUAUAUAAGAUAUUAUUCGUCAUCCGGUAAUCAUCCGGCGGGCAGUUGUCGUAUGGGAGCGAUAGAGAGGCCGGACGUUGUGGUCGACCCC